AUGGAGCUUUUGUGGAUGAUUUUUAUUCAUAACCCACAGCUGGCGUAUCAGUUGUUUACCAUACCAUUGGCCUUUUUGUUUUACAGGUUGGCUACACGAGGAUAUCUCAGUCUUUUUAACAGGCAUAUCUCUCUGGCGUUGGGAGGAUUUAUCCUUGCUGUUCUGACUAUGGGCCAGUACAGCAUGCUGCUGUUUAUUGCCAGCAUCAUAUUUGUGAUAUUGGUGCGAUUCCUGGAACCAGUUUGCAUUCACUACUGGAUAUUUGGGCUGCAGAUGUGUUGGCAAACAUUGUGGCAUUUUUAUAUGCAGUAUCAGCAAUAUUGGCUUCAAGAACCUCCAGAUUCCAGGCUUGUGUUGGCCUUGUCUGCUUUAAUGCUUCUCAGUCAGAGAGUCACGUCAGUAUCAAUGGAUCUCCAGGAAGGAAAAGUCAUCAGGCAUGUCCAAAAACACAAUAAGAGCCAAGCUGUUUCCCUCGUCCCUUUCAUAAGCUACACUCUGUACUUUCCUGCCCUUCUUGGAGGACCACUUUGUCCAUUUAGCAUCUAUGUGGACUUUGUAGAGAAGAUUGGAGUCAAGCCACCUCCUUCACCUCUUACCAUUCUGCCUUGGAAGAUGCUGCAGUUUUUACUUCUGCUUCUUCUAAAAUUUCUCCUUACAAGCUUUCUGCAAUCAAGCAUAUUCAGUGCAAGUAGCUCUCCGUGUAUAUUAUGGGUCUGGAUCUUCUCCCUGGUGCUCCGAUUGAACUACUAUGUGCACUGGAAAAUAAGUGAAAGCGUUAACAACGCAGCAGGACUAGGUUUCACUGGGUACAGUACAGCUGGAGGUGCAUUGUGGAAUGGGCUUUCUGAUGGAAAUGCAUUUGAGAUAGAAACCUUGAGCAAUAUUUCAGCUUUUGCUCGCCUUUGGAACAGGACAACAGCAGGCUGGUUACGCAGGUUAGUGUUCCAGAGGUGUAGCAGGAUGCCGGUGCUCAUGACGUUCAGCUUCUCAGCUUUGUGGCACGGCUUGUACCCAGGUCAAGUGGCAGGCUUCCUUGGAUGGGCUCUAGCUGUGUUAGGAGACCACAAGCUACGCAAACACCUUUCCCCAAGGCUGACCACAGCUUGGAGGAAAGGCUUGUAUACUUGUCUAAGCUGGCUCUACACUCAGGCGGUCAUCACUUGUGUGGUGGUAACAACUGAACUCCAAAGUUUGGAGGCACUCAAGCUGUUUUGUACAACGCACAUUGCUCUAGUUCCAGUCGCAAGCAUUUUAAUACUGUUAAUUUUAUAA